AUGUAUCAUAGUCUAGCAGAGGUGGAACUGGCACUACCGGAGCUGGAGCUGUUGCUGCUGCUCAUUUUUGAAGGGACGAGAGGCACACCCGCCGAGGCGGCGGGUGGCGAUCGCUCGAACCCGAAGGAAAGCGGCGGAUCGGUAGCGUUCGAGAUGCUGCCUCUGGGAAAAUGGGGCGGAGAACAGAGAUGUCUGAUGAGGCUGCUGAUGCAGAGAGGGGGGACAUCCGUGAGCGCCGCUGGUGGGAAUAGUGGCGGCGGCGGGCAUAGGGGCUGGGACGAAAGGGACGAAGGGGACAACGAGGGGAAGGGAGGACUAGAGGGAGGCAAGCAGCAGGGAAAGAAGACAAGGGCGGCUUUGGAAGACGUCGACUGA